CCGCCCAGAGCCACGGCAGCCCCGUGAGAGUUUGGAGCAUGUGAGGAGCUGCCAAGAGGAAUCACUAAUACUUUAAUUUCUGCUUCUUCAGAUGUUCCUGCCCUGGUCUGUGCCUUUAGAAGUGUGACACGUGUUGGUGCUGGGCAUAGCCUGCUGCAGGACAGGCAGUAUCAACACACAGCCAAGAUGGUGGCCUUUAACUGGAAGGCUUUGGAGAAUUUCCCAUUGCUGAUGUACAUUUUGGCAGCUAAAACACUGAUUCUUUGCUUAGCGUUUGCUGCAGUAAAAAUGUACCAGAGCAAAAAAAUUGAAGAGAAGCUGAAGAGGGAACGUGAAGAGAAAUUGAAAGCAGAGGCAGAGAAGAAGGAUGAUUGAAGAGUCUUUCAGAUUUCAUGACACUUGGCAGCUUACAUUGGAUUCUUUUCCUGGGAGAACGAAGCCUUCCUGUAGAUAAAGGAUGUGUCAAAAGAAUAAAACCCUGAAGAGUAAUGUUCACUUGAACUGUAUCUCAACUUUUUAUACGUACAGCAAAAUAUA